AUGCCCAAGCAGUUUGAGUCGCUACAAGAAAACAUAAACAAACUCGAACAAAAAGUGGAAAAUAUUAGACCCGUUAAAGAGGCAAAUACUAAUAUCCUACCAACACUUGAGGAGCUGUCAGAGCGCGAAAGACGUGCAACAAACAUAUUAAUUUUCGGAUUGGAAGAAACUGAAGUAAAUGCAGAUCAGAAAUCGGAAGUAGAUGUCACCAAAGUAAAAAGCAUUCUAAAUAGCAUCAACAAUAGUGUGCCAACAGGAUCUAUCAAAACUUUUAGACUGGGAAGAGCAGAAGCAAACAGGAUAAGACCAGUAAAGGACUCAAUUAUAAAAGUCCUCGAAAAUUUGACUGAAAAACAGAAACUGGAAAUAGUUAAUAAGGAUAUGAUUCACGAAAAAAGAGAUUUGGAUGAUCGUCACAUUAUUGAAGCCUUGAAUGAAGACAUAAAACAACUUCAAUAUGACCUAAAAUUAAAAGACAACCACAUCAAGAGACUCGAACGGGGCUCCCAAAUACUGACUGAUGAGGCCGAAGCAGUUGAAGAAAGCUACCAUCGAAAGACUUGUCAACUUUCCCUGACCAUCGAAGACCUGAGAGCUAAACUUUCCAAAACUGAUAAAGUAAAACUGGAUAUUGAGAAAAUGAGUAAAAGUCACAAAAAUGAACUUCAAAACAAAACACAGCAGAUUGACGAACUUAUUAAACAAAAUCACGCCCUAAUAGAGAGAAUUAACUCUCUAGAAAAGCAAAACAAUGAACUAGAACUAUCCGUGAAUACACAGACUCAGAGUGAUCCCCAGUUAGUAAACGACCAUACCCCGAACCCAACAAUUGACCAUUCUCAAGAGGAGUCGACAACAUCUGCAAUAGACGACGACCUGAUAGAGGAAGCUCUACUUGUGCGGGAUUUGAUAAGAAUUCAGGUCCCAAAAUCAACACAGACUGACAAUAUUUCAAAUGAGGUAGGUCACUGUGUGCCGCCGCCUGCUAAUACUCAUUACGGGUUAAAUAACGCUGCGAAGGGUAUAAUUCAUGGUAGUUCGGGAACGGAUUUGCAUAGAAGGCUGGAAAAAUUGUGCGGAAGGUGUGAAAGGGUUAUUGAUGAUAGGGAUAUCUCAAAAACUAACCUUCAUCAAGUACUUAUUCUAGGCGAUAGCACUGCGACAGACAUCCAUAAAUUCUUAAAAAUACAAAAAAAUGAAAAUUAUAAUGUGGUUACCUUUGCAAAGCAUAAUGCAAACUUAGAUAAUAUUGUACAAGAUCUAAAUUUACUCGCAAAGGACUUUUCACAAAACGAUUAUGUUGUUAUUUCUGGUGGAUUACAAGAUGCCCGAUGCGGAAAUCAAAUAAGGACACAGACUCUCGAAUUACUUUCUACAAUUGGAUUGCGCACAAACCUAAUUGUACUGUCUGUACCUCUGUGGGGUAAUAGAAGAGUACUUAAUGGCUUCAUUGAUAGGGUGAAUAUCGGGAUCUACGAAGGAUUAAAAGAUAUUUUGAAGAAAUACAUUAACUUAAACUCUUUUCUUAGCGCAUCAAAUUUUAUUUUUAAUAACGCACUUGCUAUAAGAAAUAUUGGCAAGCAGAAAAUUGCGGAACGUCUUGAUAACUUUAUUCUAGGGGUAGGAGUCGAUUUGGCGAGGAUCAAAACGAGCAAAGGCAUGCAUAUUUUUAUUCUACAAGACGUCCACGAUGGAGAAUAUUUUCCAUUUCUAUAG